AUGGCUCAAACUUGUCGCUUCGAAGAACAUCCUUCAUCUAAUACCGCUGCUGCUCACGAUCAUGGUGAUGGACAUGUCCAUAGUCAUGCUGGUCAUGAUGCUCACGACCAUGGACACACUCACGAGCAAAUGGAUUCCCCUGGUUUGUAUCAAGAACGUCCCAAGGCCAUCUACAAGAACCGUGAUUGGAACGAAAGAGCUUUCACUGUUGGCAUUGGAGGUCCUGUUGGUUCUGGAAAGACUGCAUUGAUGCUGGCUUUGUGUCAACGCCUUCGUGACAAAUACUCGCUCGCUGCCGUCACCAACGAUAUCUUUACCAAGGAAGAUACUGAAUUCUUGAUUCGCAAUGCUGCUUUGCCUGAUGAUCGUAUCGCUGCUAUUGAAACUGGUGGUUGUCCUCAUGCUGCUAUUCGUGAAGAUGUCUCAGCCAACUUGAACGCCUUGGAAACCCUUCAUAGCAAAUUCAAUACACAAUUGUUGUUGAUUGAAUCUGGUGGCGAUAAUUUGGCUGCCAAUUAUAGCCGAGAAUUAGCGGACUAUAUCAUUUACGUGAUUGAUGUUGCUGGUGGCGAUAAGGUCCCUAGAAAGGGAGGCCCUGGUAUCACUCAGAGUGAUUUGCUGAUUAUCAACAAGACAGAUUUGGCUCCCAUCAUUGGUGCUGAUCUUGAUGUUAUGGCCCGUGAUGCAAAGAAAAUGAGAGGCGAUGGACCUACAGUUUUCGCUCAAGUCAAGAAUGGCGUUGCUAUGGAUGAGAUCAUUUCUCUUAUUUUGGGUGAAUGGCGCGCUAGUGGUGCCGCUAAGGAAUCUUCUUAA